GUAGUCACGUGGAGCUGGGAACCCAGCGCGUGGGGGGAGGUUGGGGACGGGCCUGGCAGUUGUGAACUCGAACCUGCCGCUGUCGCCGCUGCGGGGCGGGGAACCGGCCGCAGAGGCCGGCCUGGUGCUCUAUGGAUGGGCGCUGCGUCCCUGGAGGGCACGCGGGAGAGGUAAGGCUGACCUCUCAGCAGUUAGAGGUCUGAGCUCUGCCAUGGGGAUAGGGAUGUCUUUAUUGCUACAGUUUUCUCUGUCAUCCGGGGGCUACCGAAGUGUGGGCCGAAGCAGCCGAAGUCUCCCCAGGAACAUCCCCAGAAGGAGCUGGAAAAAGCCUCACCCCCAGCUCUUCAGUCUUCAGGCAGAGGAAGAACCGAUGCUGGAACAGCGCUGCAGGGGCCCCACGGCCAUGGGCCCAGCUCAGCCCUGGCUCUUUUCUGGGCCCUCCCAGGAGUCCUCCCAGCCCGACAGAGGGUUGAGGUACCAGGGCAAAUCAGCUCAGCCAAGAGGCCAAACCCCAGGCAAGGUCCAUCGUUGUGCCCACUGUCGGAAGCGCUUCCCGGGCUGGGUGGCCCUGUGGCUUCAUGCUCGGCGGUGCCAGGCCCGGCUGCCUCUGCCCUGCCAUGAAUGCAACCAGCGCUUUCGCCACGCCCCCUUCUUAGCGCUGCAUCUUCAGGUUCAUGCUUCUGCAGUCCCCGACCUGGGUUUCAUCUGCCACCUAUGUGGGCAUAGCUUCCGAGGAUGGGUAGCCCUGGUUCUGCAUCUGCGGGCUCACUCAGCUUCAAAGCGGCCCAUCACUUGCCCUGAAUGCGACAGACGCUUCUGGCGACAAAAACAGCUUCGAGCUCAUCUGCGAAGGUGCCAGCCCCCUGUCCCUGAGGCCCGGCCCUUCAUAUGCGGCAACUGUGGCCGGAGCUUUGCCCAAUGGGACCAACUGGUUGUUCACAAGCGGGUGCACGUGGCUGAGGCCUUGGAGGAGGCAGCAGCCAAAGCCCUGGGUCCUCGCCCACGAGGACGUCCCGCAGCUCCCAGGCCUGGUGGAGACGCUGUGGACCGCCCCUUCCAGUGUGCCUGCUGCGGCAAGCGUUUCCGCCACAAGCCCAAUCUGAUCGCCCACCGCCGCGUGCACACUGGUGAGCGACCACACCAGUGCCCAGAGUGCGGGAAGCGUUUCACCAACAAGCCCUACCUGACCUCGCACCGGCGCAUACAUACCGGCGAGAAGCCCUACCCAUGCACCGAGUGUGGCCGCCGCUUCCGCCACAAACCCAACCUGUUGUCGCACAGCAAAAUCCACAAGCGCUUGGAGGUCUCAGCGCAGGCUGCCCCACACCCCGAGAGUCACCAGAUUGCAGCAGAGCCUAUGGCACAACCUGCACUUGGGGUGCCCCUGGGGUCCCCGCGGACCCCAGCUGAGGCACCUGCGCUCCUGCAUAGCUGCUCCGACUGCGGCCGCAGCUUCCGGCUGGAGCGCUUCCUGCGGCUACACCAGAGGCAGCACACAGGGGAGAGGCCCUUCGCCUGCACAGAGUGUGGCAAGAACUUCGGCAAGAAGACGCACCUGGUGGCGCACUCACGCGUGCACUCCGGCGAACGUCCCUUCGCCUGCGAGGAGUGUGGUCGCCGUUUCUCACAGGGCAGCCACCUGGCAGCCCACCGGCGAGACCAUGCACCAGAGAGGCCCUUCGUGUGCCCGGACUGCGGCAAGGCUUUCCGCCACAAGCCCUACCUGGCUGCGCACCGACGCAUCCACACAGGCGAGAAACCCUAUGUGUGUCCCGACUGUGGCAAAGCUUUCAGUCAGAAGUCCAACCUGGUGUCCCACCGGCGCAUCCACACAGGCGAGCGGCCCUACGCCUGCCCCGACUGUGAUCGUAGCUUCAGUCAGAAGUCCAAUCUUAUCACACACCGGAAGAGCCACAUCCGGGAUGGCGCCUUCUGUUGUGCCAUCUGUGGCCAGACCUUUGAUGACGAGGACCGACUCUUGAUGCACCAGAAGAAGCAUGAUGCCUGAGAGGGGCCGUAGGCCUAGGAAGACAGGCCUGGAUAUCCUUGGCAACAGGGUGUCAGUGGUCCGGGUGGGGUACCUACACUGAUGCUGCUAGAGGAACAGGUAAAGAUCCCAGAGGGAUAGAGGAGACAGUGAUCUGGGCUCUGUUUAGGAAUGGACUUUCCCCUAGGUAUCCAGGGAACCCAUUUUAGAAUUCGGGGGACCUGGCUUUGAGCUAGUUGGCCCCCAGCCCCAGCUGGUUUUUCUAAGGGUCAACUCAGACUGCCCUGUACCCUGGAAAAAUAGCAAUAGCAGCCCCAUCUACCCUUUGAGUCCUCAACUAAACACCAGUGGGAAGAGAACCGUUCCAUCCUCUGGUGUUAACGCCUUAAUGUCCCCAGUAUUUACUAUGAGUUGCUUCAGGUCAUUUUUUGAUUUUUUGUUUUUUCUUUUGGAAGUAGGUGUGGUAUAGUCGUUAGUAAAUGAAUCCCUGGGCAGGGAAUAUGGGCUGGCCGGCUGCACCUUGGUGAACCUGCUGGUUAGGGCAGCAGCAGAGGUGAGGCUGUUCCUCUCUCUCUCUGUCUCUCUCUGGUCUCUGUCUCUCUCUCUUUUUUUACCAGAACCCUUCUGCAAUGCCUCCUGCAUAGGUCCCAAGAUGUGUAGCGAUCCAUCCCUGGUUAGCAAUUCCAUCAAUUUCUUGCAUAUUAUCCUCCCAGGACAUUGAUUUACUCCUUUACCAGCCUGGCUUUUUUUUUUUUUUUUUUAAUCUGCCUGCUCUCCCCUAAGUAUAGGCCUUCCUGGUGGUUUUGUUUAACCCCAUGACCCUCCCCAACUCUUCUCAGAGCUUUGGGGGUUAUGUGAAAGGCUGACUAGUUGAGGGUUUAGCUGCAGGGAAGGUCCUGGGUAGAUUUCCUUUUUAAGGUUCCCAGGGUGUGGAUGCCAGCCUCCACCCAUGCACCUGGGUACUGGGGCACUGUUACCUCCAGAAGGCACUACUUCUAUCGUAGGGCGAGUCUAAUUGUUAGACAUUUCUUACUUAUAGUGAUUGGAUUCUGCUUUCCUAUGACUUCUGCCUACUGGGUCUUGUUUUGUUCCUUGGAUCGAAACAGAACCGUUUACCCACCUUUACAAACUAGAGAAUAAAGAUUUGGUUUUAGAACUA